AUGGAAGAAGGUUCAAUCUGUAGCAGCCUUCGAGCAGAUCUUCUGGAUUAUGAAGUUGGUGUUCCUGGCGCAGUAUGGAGACUGUGCAUUGCUGUCUGUGUGUUUACAUUACAAACAACAAAAUCACUAGUCUUCCAAACCGAGCCAGAACAUGUCCACGAGGAAAUCCAGGCUAGAGAGGCCACGGUCAAUGAGCCAGAACAUGUCCACAUGGAAACACAGUCCAAACAAGCCACGUUCACCAAGAAAUUGUAUGUCCAUGUGGAAUUCCAGGCCACGUUUACCGAGCCAGAACAUGUCCACGUAGAAAUCCAGGCCAGAGAUGCCAUGUCCAUGUGGAAAUCCAGGUCAGAGAGGCUAAGUCCACUGAGCCAGAACAUGUCCAUGUGGAAAUCCAGGCCAGAGACGCCAAGUUCACAGACCCGGAACUUGUUCACAGGAAAUCCAGGCCAGAGAGGCCACGUUCUAGUCUCUGGUACAAGCCUCUAG